CCCCUCCAAUUUUCUUGAACCGAGAAAGAUUUUGAGCAGAGUUGAUGGAGAUAUCUCUUGUAUCUGGAAAUGGGAUUACACCUAUCCCCAAUAACCAGUCUCCAUUAACGUGUUCUUGUUUCCCAUUUUUACCAUUUCCCUUUUCUGCAACUGCAGUUAGACCCUUCAAGAACUCCAAAUUCACUGUAUUUGCCACAACAACUGUUGAGCCCAAUGAAACCCGAAAUUGGCAGAGAAAUGUCCCUCCAAAAUCUUCAAAGAUUGUUUCUUUACGCUAUAAAACGAGACAAUCUGCAAUUCUUGAUAUUCAGGAAUCCUCUGACUUGGACUCUGCUCUGUCAAGGUCUGGAGGUAAGUUGAAGGCUCAAGAUUUGAAUGUUAUUUUGCGCCAUUUUGGGAAGCUGAACCGAUGGAAGGAACUUUCCCAGCUUUUUGCCUGGAUGCAACAAAAUGAGAAGACGAACAUUGCGUCUUACAGCGGUUAUAUAAAAUUCACGGGGAAAAGCCUUGAUCCUAUGAAGGCAUUAGACAUCUACAACAGCAUUAAAGAUGAGUUGACAAGGAACAAUGUAUCAGUUUGUAACUCUGUUCUUGAUUGUCUCGUUAAAAAUGGCAAGUUUGAGAGGUGCCUCAACAUGUUUCAUCAAAUGAAGCAAGCAGGCCUAAAACCAGACAUUGUAACUUAUUCUACGCUACUUGUAGGCUGUGCAAAAGUCAAAGACGGUUAUUCUAAGGCGACAGAACUGGUUCGAGAGCUGAAAUACCAUGGGCUGCAGAUGGACAGUGUAAUUUAUGGUACACUUUUAUCUGUAUGUGCUUCCAAUAAUCAAUGUCAAGAAGCAGAGCGAUAUUUUAUGGAGAUGAAGAGUGAAGGUUAUUCUCCUAAUGUCUUCCACUACAGCUCAUUGAUCAAUGCCUACUCGGUUGAUGGAAACUAUACAAAGGCGGAUGAGUUAAUUCAAGAGAUGAAAUCAGGAGGGUUAGUGUUGAAUAAGGUUAUUUUGACAACUUUGCUAAAAGUGUAUGUUAGAGGAGGUUUGUUUGAGAAAUCAAGAGAGCUGAUAAACAAAUUGGAUAAACUAGGCUACGCAGAGGAUGAGAUGCCGUACUGUAUACUUAUGGAUGGUUUAGUAAAGGCUGGAAAAGUCACUGAAGCAAAAACACUUUUUGAUGAAAUGAAGAAUAAAAAUGUGAAAACUGAUGGCUAUGCCUAUAGUAUUAUGAUAUCAGGAUUCUGCCGUGGUGGGCUCCUUCAGGAUGCAAAGCAAUUGGCUUCUAGCUAUGAAGCAAAAUAUGAUAGAUAUGAUAUAGUUAUUUUAAAUACAAUGCUUUGUGCUUACUGUCGAGCGGGAGAGAUGGACAAUGUGAUGAAAAUGCUGAAGAAAGUGGAUGAGUCAGCAAUUAGUCCUGAUUGGAAUACCUUUCAUAUUUUAAUAAGGUAUUUUUGCAAAGAAAAGCUGUAUAUACUUGCUUACCAUACCCUGGACGACAUGCACAAGAAAGGCCAUCAACCAGAGGAGGAACUAUGUUCUUCUUUAAUUCAUUAUCUUGGUAAAACUGGUGCACAUGCUGAAGCAUUUUCUGUAUAUAAUAUCUUGAAAUAUAGCAAGAGAACCAUGUGCAAUGCUCUUCAUGAGAAAAUUUUGCACAUUUUAGUUGCCGGACGACUUCUCAAAGAUGCAUACAUAAUAAUCAAGGACAAUGCAGGCUCCAUUUCUCAAUCUGCCACAAAGAAAUUUGCAGUUUCCUUCAUGAAAUCAGGCAAUAUAAACUUGGUAAAUGAUGUAAUAAAGGCCAUUCACAGUUCUGGGUACAAGAUUGAUCAGAAAUUAUUUCAUAUGGCUAUAUCACGGUAUGUUGAGGACUCUGAGAAGAAAGACUUGCUGCUUCAGUUGCUAAAGUGGAUGCCAGGUCAAGGCUAUUCUGUUGAUUCCUCUACAAGAAACUUAAUCCUCAAGAAGUCUCACUUGUAUGGAUGCCAAAUUGUUGCUGAAUUAUUAUCCAAGCAGCAGGUAGUGUCAAUAACAAAAUCUCGUCGGACAAGGACUAAAUGAGGCAGUACAGGUAUUUUAUGGUUCCUUCCUGCUCUCUGGUGAUCAGCGAUGAUUGGGAUCUCCACAGGAUACAAAUGAAUUCUGUCCGACCAUGCAUUUCUUACAUUUGGG